AUAGGAACGAGCAGCUGGCCCCGCCCCCGCCGGCCCCGCUUCGCCGCGGCCCCUCCUGGGUCCCUCCGGGUCUCGCAGCGCGGAGGACCCCGCUGCGAGCCGCUCCCCGCCCAGAGCCAAAAUCCUCGCUGCCUUCCCAGCGGUCUGGAGAUGUGCAGAGACCUACGAUCUGCUUUUAUAAAAAUGCAUCUAUUCAAGUAUGAACACCAGAGAAGUGCUGCGGUGGACGUGGGCUUCAUGUCAUGUUGGCUUCCUGUUUAAAAAAUGGUAGGCUGACAGUUUUAAAGGGACAGCAACAAAGUGAUGACCAGGUGCCAAGUGCCAGCUGUCCUUAUUCACCAGAUUGAGCAAGAAUUGGAUAAAGAAGAAGAAGAUGUGAUGGUUUUCCUGUGUCGAGAUCUUGCUCCUGACUUGGUGACUGCCAACCUUAGAGAGCUCUUGAUGGCUUUGAAUGAGAGGGAGAAACUGUCUUUUUUUGGCCUGUCUGAAUUGUUGUACCGAGUUAAGAGGUUUGACUUGUUGAGGAGGAUCUUGAAGACUGAGAAAGCGACAGUGGAAGCUAACCUUGCCAGAAGUCUCAGAAUUGUCCCAGAUUAUAGGGUACUAAUGGUAGAGAUUAAUGAGAAUCUGGAAAAAGAAGAAGUGAGUUCCCUUGGCUUUCUACUCAGAGAUUACGCACCUCGUAUGAAAAUGGCAAAAGAUAAGAGUUUUCUCUCUCUUGUAAUUGACCUGGAGAAACUAAAUUUGGUGGCUCCUGAUCAACUGGAUUUGAUAGAAAGUUGUUUUCAAAAUAUUCACAGGAUAGACCUGAUCAGGAAGAUUGAGAAGUACAAACAUGAAGCUUUAAUGUCCUCCAUUCGUUCUCAGCCAGCAUAUGUAAAUGCACUUCAGGCAUCUCUCCCUAAUCUCAGUUUGAUUGAUCCUCCUUAUAAUUCUGGGAUUCAGGAUGUGAACAAAGGAAAACCACAAAGUGGACAAAGUCUUAUUGUGGCAGAACCAGUCCACAUGUCCAUUCAGGAAUCAGGAGUGAUGUCACACAAGGUGAAUGGUAAUCAGUACAGAAUGCAAAGUCAGCCUUUAGGGGUAUGCCUGAUAAUAGACUGUAUUGGCAAUGACACAGAUAUGUUGGAAGAGACCUUCAGAGGCUUAGGCUAUGAUGUUCAUUCUUACAGAUACAUAAAUAUGAACACUCUAAAUCAAACAUUACUUCAAGUUGCAAGGCUGCAGAAGCACAGAAAUUGUGACAGCUUCAUUUGUAUAUUAGUCAGCCGUGGAAGUCCUCAGAGCAUCUCCUGUACAGACCAUGCCUUUUCUGGAUUCCCUUUGGAACAAAUAAAGAAAUACUUUACAGCAGACUCAUGUCCUGCACUCCUAGGAAAACCAAAGCUUUUUUUUAUUCAGACUUACAUUGUGCCAGAAAAUGAGCAAGAAUGUACUAGUCUGUUGGAAGUAGAUGGGAAUAGUGAGAAAAUAAUUUCUAACACACAAUUCCUUCGGAAAGUUACUAUUCCCCAAGCAGCAGAUAUCUUUUGGAGUCACUGCAAGGUGGAUAUAUCUAUACUAGAAAAAUCUCCAAGUGCAUCCUCCUAUUAUCUGCGUUGUCUGUCUGAGCUACUCCGCAAUCCUCAUAAAAGGAAACUCUCUAUAUUAGAUAUCCAUACGGAACUGAACAGGAAGGUCGAUGAUUGGAACAAGACUGUUGGCCCAAGCCAACAAUACUCACUUCUGCUCCAGCACACACUGAGGAAGACACUUGUCCUUUCUCCCACUUAACUGCUCUUAGAAAGGACAUGUCUGAAGCGGCUAAGGAGAAACGCUUACUAUGGUUAUCCACAGUGUGGAUCCACACACUUUCACUUUAUGCAUUUUUAUUGCAAGUAUAUCUAAAGCGCCUACUGCUUCCAAACUCAGGGAUUUAGAAGCAUUUCAGUGUAUUAAGGCGCUGGAUUUCAUAUUUUAAUACAGAAGCGUCUGAAAGCUUGGAUGAGAAUGGCAGCUAUCAUAUAGCGCUGCAACAGAUCUUGCAACAACAUACAACAGGUAAACAGAGUGGAAAGGGCUUUAAGCUGUUGGGUUUUCAAGGGUUUUGUGUUCUUGCUGUGUCACUGUUUGGUUUUUAGUAUACCUAUUAGUAGUGCACCGAUCUAGGUUCUUUUGUUGAUGCUGAAAACAAACAACAAACUAGUGCAAACCACUGAAAUAGCGUGCCUCCACACACUAGCAAAACAGAAGAGAGAGAUGAUCUUACUUGGAUUUAUUUGGAUUCUGUCUGCCUGUCUGCCUAGAGGUUGUGAUUCACCUAGAACCCCAUGUUGUCAGUACUGGUCACAGCACACAAGCGUUAUUAUAUGUUAACAAAUGAGACAGUCUGCCAUGUUUUAGGGUAAUUGUGUUUUUCACUGAUCCAAAACCAAGUCUGGAUGUGACAGGGCUUUGCAGUGAUCUACCACACAGUUAAAAAAAUGUGCGAUUUUGGGAGAUAUUUUGUGGGAGCUGAAAUACACUUCACACUUCUUGCUCCAGACAUAGCUGCAAAAGUGCACUUUAUCAUUGUUGAAUCUAAAUGUUGUGUAGCAGCCACUGGCUCUUAAGGAUGGAUUAAAUUAAACACCUCAGCCUCACUGAUUUUGCUUAUGAAGAAGGACAUGCCUAUUAUUUUUUUUUCCAAGUUUCCCUUCUGAAGAAGACAUGAGUGAAAAUUGUCCUAAAUACAGAUAUCUUUCUCCAUUGGAGCAGAUGUCUAAUAUGAAGAGUUCAAUUAACCUCGUUAUAUAAUAGUGUAGACUGGAUGAGUUGUUUUGAGAUUUAUUGUUGCUGAUUUUACGGCAUUCCCUUCCCUUCUAAAGUAGGUCACUUGCAGACUUUUAAUGCUUCUAAUACAGUCUUCUGUACAGGAAAAAAAGUCAAGGCCUUGGCUUGCCCUGCAUGGUUUCUGGUGUAGUUACACUGUACUUCCUUCUGACACCUGUUUAAUGCGAGCACAAAGGAAAGGGAGUUUUGCUGAUAAUAAGGGAUGCAAGUUCCUUGAGCAAAUACACUGCAAAAAGAUUUUUUGCUAGUGUACUGUGUUUGGUUUGAGCAAAAAGCAUACUUAUUUAUGUAACUUCAACAAUGCUUUUCAUCGUAGACCCAAGCCUAACAGGCAGCUAGCCCAUUGACACUAUACAUUGUAUACUUAUACAUUGUAUACUAUCAGUAUACAUUAGUAUAUUGAUAAUAAUUAGGAAUAAUUAGUAAGCUUACUCUGGUAGCAGUGAUUUUUUUAUUCCUUGAUAUUAUGUUGUAGUACUUAGGUGUUGGCUUGACAUAUUUUUUUAACUUUUUUUUUUAAACCAGGCUUACUAAGUUUCAUUCAGAAAAAAAAGCAAAUGAGUUUUCAAGUAGCUUCUAUAAUUGAAAAUAAAAGUAAUUUUUAUUUUACAAAGAAUAGAUAUUAAAGUUUAAAAAGUGCUCAAAAUCCUUAAUUGUUAAUGUGAUGUAGACCCAGGCUCUCCCUGGCUUAAUAGGUUUGUAAACUGCUGGUCAAUGAGGAUUGUUAAGAGUAUUCAAAGAGCAGAAAACCAUUGAAGAGGUUUGAUUUUAUAGCCUUUAACUGGUCUAAUACAAUGUCAAUAUGAAAAUAUAUAUUUAUUUAUAUUAAUGUGCCAUUUUGUAUAAUAUAUAAGGUAUAUUUUGUAUCAUUGAUUAAAUCUUCACUCAUUAUCUUUUUAUAAUCUUGUGUUUAUUUGCACGUUAACUGUAGAAAGCUGCAUACACAGUUCUGAUGAAAAAAUUUUUGCACAAUUCAGAAAAAUAAUUCACCUGCAUUGCAAGCCUGUGCAUUCCAUACCUUUCUCUUUCCACUUCAGAAGCUAUAUAUGUCCUCUUUAAUAAAUGUAUAUGGAAUCUUUCUGAUAGCCUUGAACUGCAGUUUUAUGUAGGUACAGGUGGAAGAGGAAAAACAGAAAACAAUUCUUUGCAAAAUUCAGAUGUUUUCUAAGAGCUUGUUCUCUGUGGGUGUUAAAGUAAAAAUACUAAAUCCGAUUUCAUGAUGCUAUAGAAUCAUAGUAUAGUUUGGGUUGGAAAGGAUCUUAAAGAUCAUCCAGUUCCACCCCCCCUGCCAUGGGCAGGGACACCUCCCACCAGACCAGGCUGCCCAAGGCCCCAUCCAACCUGGCCUUGAACACCUCCAGGGAUGGGGCAGCCACAGCUUCCCUGGGCAACCUGGGCCAGUGCCUCACCACUCUUGUGGUGAAGAAAUUCCUCCUUAUGUCUCGUCUAAAUCUGCCCCUCUCCAAUUUCAAGUCAUUGCCCCUCCUCCUGUCACCACAAGCCUUUGUAAACAGUCCCUCUCCAGCUUUCUUGUAGCUCCUUCAGAUACUGGAAGGUCACUUUAAGAUCUCCUCAGAGCCUUCUCUUCUCCAGGCUGAACAAACCCAACUCUCUCAGCCUGUCCUCAUGGGGAAGGUGUUCCAGCCCUCUGGUCAUCUUUGUAGCCCUCCUCUGGACCUGUUCCAACAGCUAUAGGUGUAGAAAUCAGUGCAUCAUAGUGGAGGAGGGAGAGGGGAUGUGUCCUCCUUUCCGUUGGUUGUCUUCUAAGGCCUAUCAAACUGGUCCUUUUCUUGAACUAGAGCCUUAGCAUUUUUGGCUUUAAAAAUACUUUAUGUCUUAAAAUUACAUUCACAUGUAGUCCACGCGCUCAAGCAGAGAACUUAGUAUGUUGAAUCAACAGGAGGAUCUGUAUUAUAUGUGAUAGGUAAUAAAAAUAGCAUUAAUUUCUAACCCUAAAUAUUUAAUAACUGACUAUCUUACAGUGAAAUAAAGCACAUAUAAUUUUGAAACUCUGCUUUGUUUGUGUUUCAUGAGGUAAGAGAAGGAUUAUAAAAUGACAGAUUUGGAAUCUUAAAAGUCACUUCCUUUAGUGGCUGGUAAAUGAAACAAAUGGUGUGAAACAAAAAUAUGUUUUCUGUGGUUGUAGAAAUAAAAUGUGAUUUCUGGUUAUCAUAUAUAGCUUUGUGAUGUUAAUAAAUGUGAUUUCUUUCAUUUAACUUUUUUCCCA